GUAAAUACUAUCACAUGUUUUUUCGAGGUUAUGAAUUAUAACGUCAUUUUUUAUAUCGUUCCUACUAAAAUUUAUAUGCUUUUAUGAAUAUAUUUGAGUUUGUCAGUUACUGUAGUUGAGUAAAACGUCAGUCUACCGAAUCGUUCGACAAUGGAAGAGACAAGUGAACAAAAGCAUAAAAAGUGGAGUGACGAGGAACGUUUAGCCCUUGCGUCGAAAUUAGAUGCCGAAUUGGAUGAUUAUAUAAAUAAUUUAGAAAAAAGAAGCUAUACGGAAGGAUGGCCAGAAGAUCGGUGGGAAGAAGAAAUGGAAAAGCAUCCUUUCUUCAUGAAAAAGGCACCGGAACCUGGGGAAGAACUGUCUCCUUUAGUGGAAGCAUUGCAAGAACUUAAAUAUGGAGAGGAUGAGAAUACUCCUAAUGAAUUGGCAAAUAAUUACAAAGAGGAUGGAAAUUUCAAUUACAAAUAUAAGAAGUACCGAUUGGCUAUUUUAAGUUACACAGAAGGCAUACGGACUAAAUGCUCAGAUACAGACCUAAUGGCUCAGCUUUAUAACAAUAGGGCUGCAUCUCAUUUAAUGUUAAAAAAUUAUCGAUCAAGUCUAAAUGAUUCGAAGCAUGCAUUAAAAUUGAAACCACGCUAUCCAAAAGCUCUGAACAGAGCUGCUACUUGUUGUUUUCAUAUUAAAGACUAUGACCAAUGUAUCGAUCUUUGUGAUCAAUUUCUUAAUCAUUCUCCAACUGACAAGACAAUAUUAAGUUUGAAAUCACAGGCUGUAACUGCAAGAGAACGUUUAAAAAGAGAUAAAAGGAAAUUAGAUAGAUUAGAAAAGCAAUUAGAUAAGGAAGAAGAACACUUAUUGAACAUUAUAAAAAGUAAGGGUAUCAGGUUAGAAUCAAUUGAUGGAAGAAAAAAUUCAGAUUUAAAGGAUUUGGAACCUCGAAUACCACAAAUAGCCCAAAGUAGAGUUCAUCUAGAUGCAGAAAAUAAGCUCAUUUGGCCAGUAAUGAUUCUAUAUCCGGAAACACAGCAAUCAGAUUUCAUACAAAAUUUUCACGAGGACACAUUAUUAAUAGAACAAAUAGAACAACUCUUCAGUGAACCUCCAGAAUGGGAUUCAAAGCACCGCUAUACUCCUCAAAAUAUAAAUAUUUAUUUUGAGGGUAAAGAUAAACGUUCCGUGCAUAAAGUGGAUAUCAAUAAUUCUCUAGGGAAAAUAUUACAAGAUGAACGAUUCGUCGUGCGUGGUGGAACUCCAGCAUUUUUGAUACUCGUGAAAUCUAGCGAAGCGGAGAAGCGGUUUUUAGAUAAUUACUAACAAAUUGUACAUAUAUCUGUAAAUAAAUUUAUCGUAAAAGUUGGUAAAAGUUUAAUUAUCGUUCCUCUCCUU